AUGUCCGUCUACGAUGCCCACAACCACCUCCCUUCUCUCCCCUCCACCAACGACUUCUCCGGCCCAAACACGAACCUUGCCGACUUCUUGAGCUCGCUGCCGCCUUCUGACGACUCUCCGCUUGACACCACCUUGUAUCACUCUCGUUCUUGGCCCUCUCAGACUCUUCAAAACGCUGGCAUUCAUUCAAACAAUCACAUCAACUCUUCGUAUAUGCUCCUUCAACAGGAGACCAUUUCUCUACGAAACGCGAACUCGCGUUUAGAGGCCCAGAAUGCCUCUCUGAAUUCUUGUAACCAGCUAUACGCCAAAUCUCUUGCUCGCCUUACGUCUACGUUCGCCUCAGCGCAAACCAGUCCCCUAACUACCCAGUCCCCGCCCGCUACAACCCAUCCCACCUGUUCCUCCCCUUCAACCGUCUCCCCCGUCUCCACCAAAGAUGGCCCUCCCACCAAGCGGAUCAAGCUCGACACUCGAGCUCUGCAGGCUCCAAAGCUAUCGUGCGCGGACUUCCCCAAGGUCCGUUGGUGGAAGCAGCGAACAUAUCAAGACUGGAUCGAGUCCCCGAAAAUCAUCGCUCGUGGCAUCGCCGACAGCCAACUCCCCUUCCUGGAAACCACGGAAGGUCAUCCUAUCUCAAAGGAGGAGAUGGCCAAGGUAACAAAGGUUUGCCGGAGGGUCUGGAACACCCUCAUCCUCAAGAACGCGGCUCCAGAAUCAUGGGGUGCGGCCUCAACUGACGCUAUUGAGCUACUUACAGACGAGCUGGCGACCAAGUUCCCGUGGAUCCUCGCGUCCGAAGACAACUGGAAGAUCGAGCGCCUGUGCACCAUACGAUACCCCUCCUUUAUGCAGGCCAAGCGGGAGCGGGAGAAGAAGGCUGCGGAAGCAGCCGCUGCAGCAGGCCAGGUCAAGCAAGAGCCAUCAGCCCCGCCCGCACUCGAAGAUCGUCAUCCCGAGGUCCAAGGCAAGGGUAAGGAGAAGGACACCAGCGACGCGUACGCUGAGGAUUUUGCGCUCAACACUGCCGAAGCCGAAGAGUUUGGAGUGGACGAGGACGAGCUGGAUGACACGGACCGAACUCAUUCGUCUAAUGAACUGCUAUCGAUUCCCGAGGUCGGAAACCCAUUCACUCCCCGUUUGCCCUCAGUCGGGCCAAGUCAACUGCCAGGCGCUCAUUCGAAACCGAUCUCGGUUUCCUCCACCACGUCCAUCCGAGCCACUACUCCAGCUCGACCAGCAUCUGUGCCCGUGCCCGCUCCUGUUCCCGCCCCCAUCUCGACGCCCGCCCCCGUACAGGCUCCUAUUCCCAUCCCGGUUCCUGCUCCCGUGCCCGUGCCCGCUCCCGCGCCCACUCCUCCUCCCGCUCCUACUCCCGCACCCACUGUUGCACCAGAAGCGGCGAGGACGAGGCCUGUUCGGGCCGGCAAGACGGCAACCACUACCGGUGGCAAGCUACUGAAGCCUGCCAAGCUGCGCUCUGGCAAAACAUUGGCGCAGCAUCUCUACAUCAAAAACAAGGGUGCAGUUACCAUCGAAGACUUCACUCGAUGGUGGGCCACUUUGGGCGAGAAAGGUCAAGAGACAUAUAACACAGAUGCCGAAAAGCUAAUCGAAGACAAGAUAUGGGUUAAUAACACUGCGGGUGUUAUUGCCACCACCAUCGCAAGCUCGACGUUCUAUGACACUGACAAGUAG